AUGGCGAGAGCCCAAGAAACGGCUUUGGCCCGAUUCUAUGGUCUCCCAAAGGUGCACAAGGAGGGCGCUCCUCUCCGGCCCAUUGUUUCGCUCAAAGGAACUCCAACGUACGGACUGGCAAGAUGGCUGUUUCGGCGCCUCAAAUUUCUGACCGCUGAUUCGGACACCACAGUCUGUUCGUCAACGCAAUUCCUGGAGAAGCUUAAAGGAGUAAGUCUCUUGCCCAAUGAGGUCAUGGUAUCUUUUGCUGUCACGUCCCUCUUUACUUCUAUCCCCCAGGAUCUGGCAAUCGAGACCGUCCAGCUACUCCUACGAAACAAAUACGAUGAAACGGAGAAUCGUCUCGGAAAUGCCCAAGUCCUUCAGCUCCUAAAGUUCUGUCUCAGGACGUACUUCACGUUUGACGGAACAAUCUACGAGCAAGUGAAGGGAACACCAAUGGGCUCGCCGAUUUCGGGAUUCAUCGCCGAGGCGGUGCUACAGCGGUUGGAGUCGCUGGUCUUCCAACACCACAGACCGAAAUUCUGGGCUCGGUAUGUUGACGAUACCUUCGUCGUCAUCGAACGGGAUCAGGUGCUAACGUUCAAAGAACGUCUCAACAGCGUCUUCCCGGACAUACAAUUCACGAUGGAGGAGGAAGAGAAUAACCAGCUGGCAUUCCUUGAUGUCCUCGUCUGUCGCAAAGAUUGUGGUGGCCUAAAGACCAAAGUGUUCGGAAGAGCAACGAACACGACACAAAUUCUGAAUUUCAACAGUAACCACUCAAUCAGCCACAAACGCAGUUGCGUAAGAACGCUAUUUCGGCGUGUUGAGACGCACUGCAGUGAACCGGAAGACAAGGUUGCCGAAUCCCAAUAUCUUCGACGGGUUUUCCGAGAAAACGGUUACCCGCGCAACUUCGUCAACCAGUGCCUGCGCAAACGAGACGAGCGACAAAAUCGCGCCGACCCCAAAUUCUGGCGAGCGAUCCCGUACAUCAAGAACGUCUCCGAGGCCGUUAGCCACCUUCUUGCACCACUUGGGGUUGGAGUUGCGUACAGACCGGAGGCCACCAUGAGGCGUCAAGUGAUGAGACCAAAAGACCCACUGCCACGGCAAGAAACAUCUGGAGUCGUUUACCGGAUCUGGUGCAGUUGCGGACAAAGCAACUACGUCGGAGAAACUGGAAGACUGCUCCGGACGCGAAUAGCCGAACACGUGGCAGCUGUACGGAGAAAUGACGCCAACUCUCAGGUCGCGGCCCAUUCGACGAGACCCGGCCACACAUUCAAGUUCGAUGAGGCCGAAAUUCUCGCGAGAGGGGAUAAUCGCGUGAACCGCGAGUUGCUUGAGUCAUGGUUCACGGGACCUCAGUCUAUCAACAAGUGCAACGACAUCCCCACUCCAUAUUCUGUCCUGAGGCAUAGACUGGCCAAAGCAACUAACCACUCGAGGAGCGCGUAA